AUGCUUCAUUCCCUGGACAAAGGGCUUCAUUUGAUUCUCCGAAAUUCAAUUCACCACAGAAUUUCAUUGGCAAGAGUGACAAAACGAUAUAAUCAGAUUCCUACUUUCCGCACCGAAGAGAGAGGUUUCUCAGUCCUUCUCCUUGUCCAAAGUCCAAACGGUGAAAUUCCAUUCUCCCUCAAAACCCUCCAAUUUCCAUGGAAAACCAACCCCGAUAACAACCCACAGUUCAUCCACUCCAUGGACGCACCCGAUCCUAAUCCCUCAUCAUCUGUUCGAGUCCUUACUCGCCCUCCAAUCCCACCCUCUCUCUUUCCUACCACUCCUCCAAUCCCACCUCCACGUACCCCACCAGACCCCUUAAACCCACCAUCUUCCCUUUCACCCUCCUCACAGACCGGCGUCGUCGUGGUCGGCUUCAUCGGAAAGCGCCAGGACGAUGUGACCCAACUCAUUAAUCGAAUCAUCGACUCCAAUGUGUUUGGUUCUGGGAAUUUUGAUAGGGUUUUUCGUGUUGAGAAAGAGGGACUUGGCGAGGAGUUCUGUUCCACUAAAUGUCCGGUGAUGGAAGGCUUUUCUGAGUCUGAAACGGGUUUUGAUUCACUGUUGGAAGAUUAUGAGUUUGGGGAUCUUCAAGGAAUGCUGUUCAUGUUCUCUGUUUGCCAUGUAAUCAUAUUUCUUUAUGAAGGGUCGCACUUUGAUACCCAGAUUUUGAAAAAGUUUCGAGUGUUGCAAGCUGCAAAAAAUGCAAUGGCUCCAUUUGCUAGGUCACAAAUUGCCCCAACUUUGUCAUCUAGGUUGCAUUCUUCACCAUCUACCCGAAAUUCUGUCCCAGGAACACCUUCUAACAAUCCUUCUCCUGGUAGACGUGGUGGCAUCUUGGCUCGCAAUGGUUCAGCAAUUACACUGCUGUCGGGUUUAGGUUCAUACACUUCUUUGUUUCCGGGACAUUGUACUCCAGUUACACUUUUUGUUUUCCUUGAUGAUUUUUCUGAUGUUAAUCCCAGUUCUACUUCUGAAGAGUCAAUGGAGACCUCCCCAGUAAACCACGCCUCAGGUUCAAACAGUUUAGCCAGGCCAAGCUUGCCUACGAAAGGAUCUGGGUCAGUUGUUAUGCUUGCACGCCCUAUGAGUAAAUCUGAAGGUGGAUUCAGGAAGAAACUGCAGUCAUCCCUUGAGGCACAGAUUCGUUUUUCAAUUAAGAAAUGUAGGACACUUUCGGGUUCAGAUUCUAGUCAUGCUGGGUCAAGGACAGGAGGUAUUUCUGGUAGUUCAGUGCCUUUGUUUGCACUUGAUGCAUCAAAAGCUGUGGCACUAGUAGACAUACGUUCAAACCAGGUGGGCGAAUCUCUCGAGUUUGCCACUGGCCUCGUGGAUGAUGUUCUAAAUGGAAAUGCAACCUCAGAUUCACUAUUGCUUGAAAGCCCUUGCCAGAAUGCCAACAAAGAAGGCAUUCUAUCUGUUAAGGAGUUUAUCCACAGGCAGUCUGAUAUUUUAAGAGGGAAAGUGGGUUUGGUUGCCAACAGCAACAGUGGCUCAGCUGCUGGUGUUGGUAUGGUAGCUGUUGCUGCGGCUGCUGCGGCUGCCUCAGCUGCUUCUGGAAAGACAAUUCCUACUCCUGAACUUCCUCUUCUGGAGAUCUGGUUAUCUUCUGCUCAACUUAUUCUACAGGGAAUUCUUUCUGCAAAACGUGGGUGCAUAUAUGAACCUGAAAUUAGCAGAAGAAAACCACGUCAACGUAAUGUUGUGUCUCCACCGGGGGAAGGAAUUGCUCUGAAAGGUACAUAUCCUCUAGAAAUUGCUGUAUCUUAUUUAGAAUGUGGUAUAGGACUGAACGCUAAAUUUUCUACUUCCUGGUGCCAAAGAUCCCUUCCGGUUGCAAAGGAGGUCUAUUUGAAUGAGUUGCCUGCUUGUUAUCCAACUUCUCAGCAUGAGGCUCAUUUGGAGAAAGCUUUGUGUGCUUUUAACUUGAUGGUCAAGGGACCAGCUGUGCCACUUUUCGUGAAAAAACUGGAGGAUGAAUGUACAUCCAUCUGGAGUUCUGGAAGGCAACUAUGUGAUGCGGUUAGUUUGACUGGAAAACCAUGCAUUUACCAGAGACAUGAGGUUGAAAGUGGUGGUUUUCCCCUGACGGAUGAGAUGAGGCCACAUUCCAGUGGACUUGUAUUCCUUCAUGCAUGCGCUUGCGGUCGCUCUAGACGACUACGAUCUGAUCCUUUUGAUUUUGAAACAGCUAAUGUUACUUCCAAUAGUUUUCCAGACUGUGACAAGCUUCUUCCUGCACUCCAAUUACCCCAGGGAAGUGGUACAGGGCCCAUUCAACCAUCUUCAUGGAGUUUGAUUCGAGUCGGUGGUGCAAGGUACUAUCAGCCUUCUAAAGGUUUGCUUCAGAGUGGCUUCUGGGCCACUCAGAAAUUUCUUUUGAAGUGGAUAAUUUUUCUCGAGAAACAUAAAAAUCUAGAUGGUGCACCCACAAGUAAUUUGCUGCAACUUUCUGUAAAUAACUUAGGCAGUGAGUGCAAGGUUGAAUCUAUGGAAGAUGAUACAAAUAAGGCUGAUGCUGCUCAGUUUCAUCUGGGAGAAAUGCAAAGUGGGGUUGAAAUGCAGAUUAAAACCCACUCAGAAAAUGUUAAUUCUGAUGACAAAAAGAUCAGUUUUGGUAGAGAGAUUCCCAAAUUUACGAUGAGGAAACCUUUUUCUGAGGUUGUUGCUGGAUCGGCAGCUUCUAAUUCAGGAUUUCCUCCACUUCAAUCAAGAAAACAAUCUUCAUUAGGCUCAGAAAAGGGUACUAAGCAAAAUAUUGCAAGGGACAGGGGCGUGGAGCAUAUUCAAGAAACCACCGGUAAUCAAGGAUCUCAAAAAAUUGCAGAUGUCUCUGCUGUUCAUGAAACAGGGAAUGGGAAUGGGAUUGGUAUUAAUGGAAGCACUGAUAGUAAGCCAUUUGUCCAGAUCGGUAGCAACAUAGUUCCAGUGAAUAUUAAAAAUGGUAAAAAGAUCAAACCAAACACUUCUUUGAAGCAUGUAACGGUAUAUGUUGGAUAUGAGCAUGAGUGCCCCUAUGGACACCGGUUCAUAUUGACUCCAGAGCAUCUCAAUGAACUUGGCUCCCCUUAUGCAAUGUCUGAAGAAUCUCAUGUCUUGUCAUCUGUAAAGAAUUCGGACCUGAAAGUCGGGGAUCCUCUGAAAUUGGUUAAGAAUGGUAGCCAUGGAAAAAUCCAGCAGCGCUCAAAUGGGAGGAUUAAUGCUGCUGUUGAUAAUGUAAGAAACUUAGACAAGUCAAAAGAGGGUGUGGCUAAUGGUAAUAUAUAUUUAGAUGGGCCAAUGCAAGUCUCCAGACAAGGAAAAGAACAAAACAACAUGUCAAUAAUACCUGAUACUGUUAAGGAUCUUGAAGCCAGUCUUCAGUCUGUUAGCCUUGAUGAUGGUGGUUAUGAUUUUGCCUUAUUGAACAGAAAUAUACCGCUAUACAUGAACUGCCCUCGCUGCAGGGACUCUAUGAACAAGAAGGAACCAUCAAAUGUUAAAUUUGCAGGCACAGUAUCACAGCUCCAAAGGAUCUUUCUGGUAGGAAUUCGUAAUUUAAAGCCUCUUCUUUCAUUUACUGUCUCUUUCUUGAAUUUGAUCUGAUAUGGCCUGCACUCAGAGUUUUGAAUGUGUAUCUGAUUCCUUAAUGUUUCUACUGGCUAAAUUAA